CAACCACCGCGUCUUAGCUUCUAGCGACAAGCGCAUCGAGGAUCAUUACACAUAGUUUUUGGGCAGGGUACGACAUGGUCUUUUGAUUUCCACAAUGUCCUCGCCAGCGGCCUUCUUCGCCUCGUCUCCCUUCUCCGUCACGUCCCCGCGUCGCAUCCCGAAAUCCAAAUUCACGUACAAGCAGCUACACCAGCUGAAGUCGUACAGUACGCAAACCCCUCUCCGCGUCAUUGCACACGUGGAUCUCGACGCUUUCUAUGCGCAGUGCGAAACCGUCCGGCUCGGUCUCGAUCCUACCAAACCCCUCGCGGUGCAGCAAUGGCAGGGUCUCAUAGCAAUCAACUACCCUGCACGCGCAUGUGGGCUGAGUCGGCACGUCACGUUUACCGAGGCGCUGAAGCAGUGUCCCGAUCUUAUACUACAACAUGUCGCGACGUGGAAGGAGGGCGACGAGACGUGGGCGUAUCAUGAGGAUGCCUUCGCACACAUAGCCACGCAUAAAGUGAGCUUGGAUCCGUAUCGCCUGGAAAGUCGGAAGAUCUUGAAGUGCAUAAAAGAGACUCUGCCGGAGAAGGAGCAGCGUGUGGAGAAAGCGAGUAUCGACGAGGUGUUUAUGGAUCUGAGCGCUCAGGUGCACACUAUAUUGCUGGAACGAUACCCUGAGCUUAGAGGACCCGCCCCAUAUGAUGACCCUACGGAGUACUUGCCCAAGGUGCCGACUACCGUUUUGGAUUGGGCUGCCGAUGCGCUCGUCGAAACGGGCGUCGAGGGCGGCGAAGAGAAGGAUCCGGAUUGGGAUGAUGUGUGCAUGGUCAUCGCGUCGGAGAUUGUACGCGACGUUCGAAAACACAUAUGGAACACGCUUGGAUACACAUGUUCUGGAGGUCUGGCCAGGAACAAGAUGCUCGCAAAGUUGGGGUCUGGUUACAAGAAGCCCAACCAGCAGACGGUCAUUCGAAAUCGAGCAGUGAAGCAUUUUCUGUCGGACAUGAAGUUCACUAAAAUUAGAAUGCUUGGUGGAAAGCUAGGGGAUGAGAUUGUUGCCAUGUUCGGCACUGAUAAAGUAGCGGAUCUCGUCCAGCAGCCCUUGGACCAGCUGAAGAAGCUCGGUGAUGACACUGGAUCAUGGCUGCACUCGAUAAUAAGAGGAGAAGACAAUAGCGAAGUGAACCCGCGUACACAGAUCAAGAGCAUGCUGUCAGCCAAAUCGUUCAGACCCACAAUCAACUCAUUCGAGCAGGGCGCCAGAUGGCUUCGAAUCUUCGCCGCCGACAUCUUCUCGAGGUGUGUCGAAGAGGGCGUAAUGGAGAACAAAAGACGGCCCAAAACUCUCAAUCUCUACCACCGCCAAGGCACGCAGACGCGAAGUCGAUCCGCUCCCAUACCUGGAGGCAAGCCACUCUCAGAGACCAUGCUGUUCGACCUAGCCAAGAAUCUCUUUGCACAGGUUGUGGUUAGCGGGCGCGCAUGGCCUUGUGCCAACUUGUCUCUUAGCGUUGGCGGGUUUGAAGACGGAAUCACAAACAACAAAGGGAUCGGCGGGUUCCUUGUGCGAGGCGAAGAAGCAAAAGCUAUGAUGUCCACAGGCCGAUCCACCAGCGGUGGUGAGCCACCUGCGAAAAGAAGAAGAACGAAGAAAGGGAACAUCGCCAACUUCUUUGGGCCGCGCGAUGACAAGAAGCAAGACUUUGACGCUGCGCGAGCCGUGUUGCUGAAGUCGCAUAGCGAGUCCACUAGGGAAGAGACUGAAGACGAUAUGGAGCAGCAUGAGGAUGAAGAUCCUUUCGAGGACGCCCAUGAUGACGAAAUCGGCAGACCAUCCACGCCAUUGUUACGUCGUGACGAUACAGACGAAGGUCAUUUUGGAUCAAAUACACCGCCCUCAGCACAACCACAACCCGCCACAGACGAAUUCGAUACAGAUCCAGUCAACUCGCAUGUUCCCGUCACCCCAGUACCUCGCCCAAAACCCUUAUCACGUCAACAGACAGUCGAUGAAUUCUACUGCUCGCGCUGUAACGUCCAUCUACCUUCCACCGAGAAGGGCGAGCACGAAGACUACCACUUUGCUCUUGACCUGUCCAAGGAGAUGCGACAAGAUGAGAGGAAUCCGCCGCUUCCUGCACAGAAUGGGCGGAAAACACCAGUAGGCCAGAAGUCAGCGCGAGGAAGAGGUCGGCCGCCAGCAAGCGGUGCAGGGAGUGUUGCAGGAAGAGGUGGGGGCGUCGAGAAAGGGCAGGCGAAGUUGGCUUUUGGGCGGCCGAGUUGAUGAGCACGUUGAUAGGUAUAAGAAACUAAUCUAAUCUAUUUGCUACUUGUUGUAUCUCGACCAGACGUGUUAAACGUAGCUUACCUGAGGGUGUAUUGGCUGAAGCGGGAUUAUGACGCUGUAUCCUCCUACAGACAUAUACUGGGAUCAUGUACAACCUGGGUAGAUGAUGUUCCAUGUAACGGUCUUCCCCAAAUCAACCUCUGAGUAAGCAGUCUCUACACUCAAGCCUCCUCAUCACGAAACACAAUCUUCCUCCCUUUGAACACCCGACACAGCCGGACACCUCCCCUCUUCCCACCAACCUU